CCAGACACGGCUGCUGCCACCGUCCCGUCCAUGUGGCCACUUACGACGGCGAGCCCUAAAACUCUACACAGGCGGCGGCGAGGGACUCGAAGAGGUGGACGGCCAUGGACGUAUAGACACGGCAACGAGAUUCGUGGAGGAUAGAUAGCGCCUCAAAGGGAGAGCAAGAGAGAGAACAGAAAGUGACUCUUCGUCCCGGCUUGGUUUCGUUUGAGUUUUGGAAGCACCGAGGAACUCCUGGCCAAAAGGAAGUUAGGGAGCGGGAAGAGAGGGAGGAGGAGGAGGAUAGAACAGAGACCUAGGCGGAGCACAAAUGGCUCGGAAUGAGGAGAAAGCUCAGUCGAUGCUCAAUCGGUACCUCGCCUUCAAGAAUGAGGAGAAGAAGAAGCCCAAAGAAAGGCGCCCUUAUCUCGCCUCCGAGUGCCGCGACCUUGCCGAAGCCGACAAAUGGCGCCAGCAGAUCAUCCGGGAAAUUGGGAGGAAGGUCAUGGAGAUUCAGAACCCUGGCCUCGGAGAGCACCGCCUCAGGGACCUCAAUGACGAGAUCAACAAGCUCAUCAGGGAGAAAGGCCACUGGGAGCACCGGAUUGUCGAGCUUGGCGGACCCAAUUACGCAAGGUCCGGUGCCAAGAUGACGGACCUGGAGGGCAACAUCAUCGACGUGCCCAAUCCGAGCGGCAGGGGCCCUGGAUACCGCUACUUCGGUGCGGCGAAGCAGCUCCCCGGGGUGAGGGAGUUGUUCGAGAAGCCGGCGGAGAUAAAGAAGAAGAGAAACCGCUAUGAGAUCUACAAACGCAUUGACGCCAGCUACUAUGGGUUCAGGGACGACGAGGACGGCAUACUUGAGAAGGUGGAGGGGCCAGCGGAAAAGGAAAUACGGGAAAUCGCAUUGAGGGAGUGGCAGAGGGCCGAGGAUAUCAAGAACGAGGCGAGGAAGACAGUGAAGAGCGGGGAGGUCGCCAGUGCCUCCGGUGUACUGUUCGAGGAGGAGGAGGAUAUCGUGGAGGAGGAGCGGAGGGAGAAGGAGAAGAAGGAGAAGGAAACGCAGACCGAGUUCGUCGUGCACGUGCCUCUCCCGGACGAGAAGGAGAUCGAGCGGAUGGUUCUGGAGAAGAAGAAGAAGGAAUUGCUGAGCAAGUAUGCGAGCGAAGGCCUGUUGGAGGAACAGGAUGAAGCGAAGGAGAUGCUGAAUGUUCAUCGCUAGUCACGGGAUACAUAUGCCACAAUGAGGAUUCACGGAGAGAACUUUAUGGAGCUGGGUUGAGCGAGGAAGAUGGUUCAUUUUUCUUUGGUAUGUUGAGAACUUCAUAUUUUUCAAAUUUUCUAUAACGUGUACAAUUUCUUCUACAUGACACUUUCUUACAACCCCGUAAUCAUGAGUUGAUAAAUUGGGUAAUGGUUGUAGAGAAUAGUUGAAAAAAUGUAAAGGAUCAUGCAAUUGAUGCGGAAUGUCUUAUUACACCUUUUACUUUUCA